ACGUCACCAACAACAACAUUAUUGUCCGUCUUCUCAGCUUAGCUUCGUCUUCACACGCUGAAUGAUAUAUUAGCCAAACAUCCCGUAUUUUACUCAAUACAUUAAAUAACCCAGCUAGUGCUACAGUCACAUUAGCAGUACGCGAACAUUUGACAUUACGAGCGCGCGAAGGAGAUUAAUUUCCGCUCGCGUUUCAAACUGCCAAGCAGAUGUCAUGAGCUCAAUGCUAACACGGAUUUCAUCGUCAGGUUUUAACGUUACCUCGCCGACCGUCAAAGUGUGAAACUCAGUCUACAGACCGCUCACGUGUGGACUUAGUACUGAAUAGGAAAUCCAACACCCGAGAUAUUAAUCGAGAUGCGAGGUCGUUAAUGUCAUGAUCACUGUUGAGCAUCCAGCGAUCAGUUCCUCUCUGUAAACCCGAGCAGAUCAGACACACAGGCAGGAUGUCCGACACGCUGGUCAUCACUUUCCAGACGCGUCUGUCCGCGGUGAUGGAGACCGUCCUGAAGACCACCAUGUACGAGAUAACCCGGCUGGUGGAGGAGAGCUUCGUGGAGCAGAUGGACCGGGGCAAGCGGGAGGCGGAGGUGCUGAAGCGGAGGCUGAUCGUGUCCGAGGCCAAGCUGAGGGAGCGGGAGAGGUUUAAGAAGGUCAGAUGUGUGGACUGCGGUCGGACAGCAGUGUCCCGCAGGAGGAUACUUCAUGUCAGAGGGCCCGAAACACAGAGCAAUUUGGAUAAUCCGCUUGUUGUAAAGCAGGAAAAUACCUCUGACAGUAGCUGGAGAUGCAGUCCCAAAGGAAGCACAAAUCAGGAGAAACCUUCAGCAACUCCAGAACCAAAACAAAACGCUGUUCAGCAGGCAGUGUGUGAACCAAAACCUGCAGGAGAAGUGAAAGAAGAAGCGAGAGAGCCCAGAGACACACAGGCAUGCCUAAAAAUACACUCUCAGACACACAAACAGAAAGAUCCUCCGAGCAGUGUAGAAGAAACCAACAGCCUCCGCAGUGCAGAUUCAACAGUCACGUCCUGCACUGAACGGGACGAGGACGAAGCCAGACACCGAAGCCCCGCAAAAUGGUUCAACUCCAAAACAGACCCCCGUUCAGCACCUGUUUCACAGCCAGAACCAGAAACUCCGUGCUUGAGACCCCAAAAGGCUGACUCGAGUCCCAUUAAGCAAGAAGUUGUGGUGAUGCUUCCAUCAGAUUGGGAAGACAUGGAGAUCAGGCCUCACAACAGUGCUAAGAAAACGCAUCUUCAACCUCCAGCCAGAGUUCAAGAGCGAGUCUCGUUUCCUCCUCCUCCACCCGUCAAACUUCAAAUCAUUCCAACGCAAACAAUGCAGAAUCUCAGAGCACCCGUCAGAAAGAACACCAAAAUCGUUGUACAUCCCAACGCGGCGAUGAGCGAUCAUGGAACUGUCGAUCUAAACCGAAGCCUUCCUGCUCCAAAACUCUCUCAAGUCCGUCAGUAUCCUGAAGGAGCGGGCGAAAGAAGCUUCAAUACUGUGAAUCCUGGAAGAAGUUUGCCUCCAGUGGUCAAUAUGAGGGUCCAAGUGGACGCCCGGAAUAUUGCGGCGAAAACGACGCAUAAUUGCAGCCAGUGCGGAAAAGGCUUCUCUCAUUUGUGUCACCUCCGAGCGCACCAGCAGAUCCACACAGGGGACCGGCAGUUCUGCUGCACCAUCUGUGGGCGGAGCUUCACCAAACUGAGCAACCUGAAAGCUCAUCGGAGAGUCCACACGGGCGAGAGACCCUAUAUCUGUGCGGAUUGCGGGAAGAGGUUCACGCAGAAAUGCAACUUGAAGAGGCAUCAGAGAAUCCACUCUGAAUUCACUCACUCCGGCGUAUGACCGGAUACGGUUAUCUUACACAUUACACAUGCUAGUUGAUAUUGUUUUUGGUUAGCGGUUAAAUUAUUUUUGAUAUCAUGCAUCGCUAAACUUGUGUUCUUAAAAACACUGAGUUGUUUGCAAUGACUGGAUCACUUGAGGGAAAUACUGGUUAUAUUGUGAUAAAUCUAAAAAUAUUCAAGCAGAUGACUUUUCCUGUUUAUCUGGAUGUUGCAAGUAUGAGUUAGGACAGGUGUAAUGCUACACAGUGCGAGUUCUGAUCAUCAGUGUUAAGGUCUUUGCACACUGAAAUCCGACAUUUUCGUAUGCGUUUUUUCGUAUUCAUAUGUGAAAAAUUCCUCACGUACACAAAAUUUGCACACUGUGAGCUUUAUUUUAACGAUUUAGGUGCAUCGUCUAAAGCUCAUGGCGCAAAAGCAUUAGGGCAUUAAUUGUCCGAAUCCACUUUUGCUAUUUUGAGGACAGAAAAAUAAGGUUUGCAUAAUGAGUUAUGGUGUGUUUUGAUCAUAACGUGCAUUAAAUCAAUCAGUCUCAUCUCCCAUUCCCUUUAAGAGUCAGUUGCGUCGCGCCAUAGCGCAUUUGCUAUUUACUUGGCGAACUUUGUAAGUGUAAAAACUGAACGCUUUACUAGCGAGAAAACAGUUAAACAGACUGUCAGCAGCGUGAGGAUAAACGUGCCUCCUCCGUUAGUCCUUUUUACUCUCUCUUUACUCAACUUUUACUCUUUACUCCUUUACUUUUUGUGGAUAAUGAAACAGUGUUGUACACACUCCACUGUAGACAUCCAUUAGCCUACAUAUUUAAUUUUGUUUGUUAAGCACAAAGAUUUGUUUCAAAACUAUUUCUAAAUUCAGUUUUAAUUUCCAACAAACAAAUAAAUGAACAAUAAUAACAAUGUGUGGUUAAAUUCAAACACACGUCCUACGCCCCAUAUGGUCCAAAACCUCACAGGUAGACAAAUCUAAGCUUGUUUUUAAUAAAACAAAUAUAAAUAUGCAUAUAAUAAAUAAUACUGCUAAUAAAAUAACAUUAUAUAAAAGCAAGUUAUCAUGAAUAAUCUAAAAAAUCCCCCCAGCCCCCCCGAGAUAAAGAAAGCAUGGAGGCAGUGGUUUUUAUAACCCUUUUUGUAAUAUUUUAGUCCUUUUUUUUCAUUUGUAAAGAUAUUUGUGUAUUGCUGUACAUCCUGCAUGUUUUAAGCAAUGUGUAAGUGAGGCGCACAACUAACAUGCUCUAUGCUGGACUUUAGACCUGCUUUCAGCUGGUCAAUUGAGCAGUCUAUGUUCGUUCCUCAAAAUAGCAACGCGCCAACAAUGCGCCUUAACACGCCUACUUUCUAGACCGGCACACCCAUGAGUCCACAAAGCGGUGCAAAUGGAUUUACUAUUUGAAACAACGUGCAGUAUAACAGGAAAAUUAGUGUUACCUUGGUCUGAAAAUAGCAACAAACGCACCAAACACAUCUUGCGCCUUAUUGCGCAGUGUGAAUUGAAUUGAAUGUGGUUGCCGGACCAAUUCAGUGUGAAUUGAAUUGAAUUGAAAUUGAAUUGAAUUGAAUUACUUGCCUAAAAAUGUGGUGCAAGUAGAGUAAAAGUAUCUGUUAUAAAUAUCACUCAAAGUACGAGUAAAAAGUUGUACUCAGGAGUAGUGAGUAUUAUGCUGUAAAAAGCUGAUGCAUUUACAUGUCAUUUGUGGAUGUGUGUAAACGUAACAUUCUGUAGUGCAUUUAGCCGAGUCUGAUGCGUAUUAAUUAAUCCAUUCUGAAAAACGCAAAACAUUUCAGAGUCAAUUCAAGCAGUGAUACAUUGUUCUCCUCUUUCUUCUCCAAAGUAGAAAAAGAAAGAAGAAUAGGCUACAUAUUGUGUUUAUCCAAUACCAGCCUACAUAUAGAGGAAGGAGAGUUCUCCUUAUCACAGAGCUGCGCUGGAUUAUCCCUAAAUGCAAAGUUUAUUUCAGGAAAUCAGUGGAAUUUUGAUACAUUGCUUGUGAUUCUUACGUAAGUAAACAAAUCUGGAAAAGUGAAUGGCAGUACCUACAGACAUUAUAAAAUGGCAGCCGGGUUGACGUAUCGAACCAACAAACUGAAGCAGACCAUGAGGCAAUUGUGUCUAUGGGCAGUAUGUCAAAUGUGUGGACACACACCCCAAACAGCAGCGGGGGAGAGGUGUUCCAGUCACAGAAUCCAGCAUAGGGGUUUGUCAUAAAGUUAUCUGUGGGUCAUGUAAAGGCAUUUUGUAUUUUGUCGUUUGCUUUCAAGGUGGCUUUGAACGGUCAAAACACCUCUUUAAACACAAAAUGCCUAACUUUUUUGGAUGCGAAAAACGGAAGAAAAAUCAAACCCGGUUUGAAUUUUUUUUUUUAUGACGGACGAAAGUUUCAGAGGCAGUGUGUCAACACAAUUCACAUGUGAGGUUGAAUUAAUUUUUUUAUGUGCGAAAAUUACAGAUGAAAAUUUCGGUUUCAGUGUGCAAUAACCUUAAUGCUUCACAGUGAGAAUUCUAGAAUUCAUGUUGAGAAAAUUGAUUAGACAAAGAUUUUAUGACACGAUUUUAUGAGAUGGUGAAUUCUGAAGCAAUCGCAUGAAAUUCUGCAUCCAAAACAUAAGCAGAGAAAGAUAUCAUUGUUUUCAUCUCUUUCUCUCUCUCUCUCUCUCUCUCUCUCUCUCAUAAGUCUCUCUCUAUCACUUUCUUUCUCACUCACACUCUCUCCAUUACUCUUUUUUUUUAAAGAAGUCUUUCUCUAUCACCAUCUCUCUUUCUCUUUAGAAGUCUAUCACAUUCUCUUUCUCUAUUACUCUCUCUUUUCAUAAGUCUCUAUCGCUCUCUUUAUACGUCUCUCUAUCACUCUCUCUCAUGAGCUUUCUAAUGAUAUGCUACACUUACAGUUUUUUCAGCAAAUUCAUUGAGCUUCCUUACACAUGCAAAUUAGUUUUUGUAGGGCUUUUAAGAUCGUAAUGGCUUUUCUAAAAAAAUGUAAACUGAUCUGCAUCAUUUUAAAAAUGCUUUUUUAAAUUGAAAUUCACCUGAAUUAAAUUCAACAAAUAUUGAAAACAACAAUGACAAUGGUACAUAAGUAUAUUACCAUUACAAUACCACACACACGCUACACUUAGACAUUUUUGUAGGAACAUUAAUAUUUUACAUAAAUUAAUACUUUCAGCUGGCAGUAAAACAUUUCAAAUGUUACAAAAUGUUUCUAUUUUAAAUUAGUUAUUUUUUUGGCUUUCUGUUAUUAAAAAUGGA